AUGACUUCAACCUUUUUAUCCCGCUCAGGCAAGUCGCCGUUGCAUUUGGAUAUAACGUUUGCCCCCCCUGAUGCUCGUUUGGGUCUAUCCUGGAUCCAAAAAACGCGCUAUGAAGAGAGUAUACGUCGUGUUCUGUUUUCUCACAUUGGGAGAUGUCAGUCAUUGCGAGUGGAAAGCGAUGAAUUCAUCAUUACUACCAUCCUUGACCUCUUUCUUGACUUUAAUUUGUCACCUUCCAACAAUUCUGUAUACACGCCAUUAUCUCGUUUGCACCUUGCCAAGACCAUAUCGGCUUCACCUGUGGUAUCUGAUCCUCCGGACUAUGGACACCAACAGCCCACAUUUCCUCCUGACCUCAGUGUUGUUGCGCCUCAUCUGACACACCUAUACGUCGACGGCGUACAAGUAGCUGUCUUCCCUAGGUGGAGUCUCGAGCGUCUAUAUCUGACAGAUCUGUUCGUCUCUUACCAAAACCACUUUCACAUAUUCAUGAAAACGCGUGUAACCACCCUCGUCCUUCAUCGAGUCACGAUCCCAGGUGGCAUACCUUACGUCCGCCAAAUAUUGACCUACCACCCAUCCUCCGUGACGUCUCUGCGUCUGUCUGAGCUGCGUUGUGCUGGCCCAGAAAACGAACAUCAAGACAUAUACGCGCUCUUUUUCACGCUUACUCCGUACCGCACGCUUCACGAUCUCGAGCUAUGUGGUCUGAGCGAAGAUGCAAUGUACGGACUGACAAGGAUGCUCAUGAGUAAUUCUGAGCUUGUAUUCUCGGAAAUGCGGUUAUUGACGCUGAGGAAUGUGAAGCUGAUUGACACUAUGGUGGUUCCCUUGACGAAUGCUACUCCGGGAUUGAAUGGGUUGGUUUUGGAUAGUGUUGGUGGAGGUUCGCGCCUUCUUGAGGUAUGGCGGCGCCACCCUGGAAUAUGGCCUCAGAUGACCGAAGUAUCCAUGGGCGAAGGAGAGUCUGUUCAAGUAAGAAACGGCCGAUGA